UUGAAACUUAAUUGACGAAUUUUUAAAAAUAUGAAAAAUUAUAAUAUAUUAUUUUCUAUUAGUAAAGUAUGUUUUUUGAAAAGAAAUUGUCAGAUUCAAUAUAGAUUUAUACGCAAUAUUACUUUUCAAAAAUUACAUUUGACAAAAUUCAAUUAUUUAAAAUAUAAUUUGCAAAAUCUAGUUCUUUUGAAAAAAUUUAGUCAUAAACUCGUUAAUAGAAUUCUAUUUGUAUUUUCUAGAAAAUAUUCAUCAAAUCUCACAAUUGAGAAAUAUCACCAAUUAGCUGAUAAUACUAUAAAAAAGAUUUUAUAUGCAUUAGAACAGAUGCAGCAAGAUUAUCCUGAAAAGACAAUAGAAGUUGAAUAUUCGCAAGACGUUCUUACACUUGAUCUUGGGAAUUAUGGAACUUAUGUUUUGAAUAAACAGUCAUUUAAUAAACAAAUAUGGGUUUCGUCUCCAAUAUCUGGGCCAAAAAGAUAUGACUGGAUACCAACAAAUGAUGAAAAUGAUGGAAAAUGGAUAUAUUUACGCGAUAAUGGCAUUCUUGAGGAUUCGCUUAAAAAUGAGCUAAAGGAAAUUAUUGGUGAUUUAAAGCUGUAAAUCUAGUUGAAUAUAUAUAUUAUAAAUC